AUGGGUAUCCUCGACAUUGUUCCCGCUGGCGUCAUCGUCGGUGAAGACGUCCGCAAGCUCUUCAAGUAUGCUCAGGAGCACAACUUCGCCAUCCCCGCCAUGAACUGUACCUCUUCCUCCACCGUCGUUGCCUGUCUCGAGGCCGCUCGUGAUGCCAAGUCUCCCGUCAUCAUCCAGGUUUCCCAGGGUGGUGCCGCUUACUUCGCCGGUAAGGGUGUCGACAACAAGAACCAGGAGGCCUCCAUCAAGGGUGCCAUCGCUGCCGCUCACUUCGUCCGCACCAUCGCCCCCGUCUACGGUAUCCCCGUUGUCAUGCACACCGACCACUGUGCCGCUAAGCUCUUGCCCUGGUUGGACGGUAUGCUCGACGAGGAUGAACGUUACUUCAAGGAGCACGGUUACCCCCUCUUCUCCUCUCACAUGAUUGACUUGUCCGAGGAGCCCAAGGAGGAGAACAUCGCUACCACCAAGAAGUACCUCCAGCGUGCUGCCCCCAUGAAGCAGUGGCUCGAGAUGGAGAUCGGUAUCACCGGUGGUGAGGAGGACGGUGUCAACAACGAGGACGUCGACAACUCUCUCCUCUACACCCAGCCCGAGGACAUCUGGGAUGUCCAGCGCGAGUUGUCUGAGGUCUCCCCUUACUUCUCCAUCGCUGCCGCUUUCGGUAACGUCCACGGUGUUUACAAGCCCGGAAACGUCAAGCUCCAGCCCGAGCUUUUGGGCAAGCACCAGGCCUACGUCAAGGAGCAGUUGAAGACCGAGGACGACAAGCCCGUCUUCCUCGUCUUCCACGGUGGAUCCGGUUCCUCCAAGGAGGAGUACCAGACGGCCAUCUCCUUCGGAACUGUCAAGUGUAACUUGGACACCGACAUGCAGUUCGCUUACUUGAAGGGUAUGCGCGAUUACAUCCUUGAGAAGAAGGACUACCUCAUGACUCAAGUCGGUAACCCCGACGGUGAGGACAAGCCCAACAAGAAGUACUUCGACCCCCGUGUCUGGGUUCGUGAGGGUGAGAAGACCAUGUCUGCUCGUGUCAAGGUUGCCUUCGAGGACUUUAACUGCGUUAACGUUCUCUAA